AUGGACAAGAAGGUACAGAAGCUAGUGAACAAGGCGGCAUCUAUCCCUCUCCUCAAGGUCUCAGCUUGCGAGUGGUGGUCGGAGGCUUUGCACGAAGUUUCGCGCCACGGCAAGGAUGUCCGCUUCAAUGGCACCAUCAAAUCCACCACUAUGUUCCCUCAGAUCAUCCUCGCCACACCUCCUUCAAUUCUAAUCUAUGGGAUCAUGUUGCUCAGAGAAUGCACACCUUCCCUUUCUUCUCAAAGAUUGUUACAAGACAUAAUGGAUCCACAAAUAUCAUUUCCAUUUGUUAUCAGGGCUCGUUGUAAGAAUACAAGGUUUCUAGCGGGAGAUGAUGACAAAUACCAUCAUGCAGCAGCUCAAGAGGACGAACUCCCGGCAGAACUGCCGUGACCCCGAUGGCAAUUUUGGUGCGCCAUCCGUUUGUUUAUUUUCGUACUGGUAUUUAAACUCUAAUAUUGUAUGGAUUCUACUAUUUUGACUGUAAUGUUAUGUUUACUAUUUUUCGUGAUAUCCAUCGAUUACGGAACUAUG